GUUGCCAUGGAUACCGUACAGAUGGAGACUGCACGACUGAACAACAAGGAAGAAACUCUACAGAACCAAAUAAAAGAAGCAGAACAUACUUUAAGAAAGCGAGGAGAAGAAAUGAGAAAUCAGAUAAUGAACGAAAUGGUACAAUUAGAGUCUCGCUUACACUCUAUGAGGAUAGAAAGAGAUGCGAUAGAAAGAGAGAGAAGUGAAUUAGAGAAGUUAAAAGAGAUAUGCGAUAGUAAUACUAAAAUUAGUCUACACAAUAUGAAAGAAAGAGACGAACUGAAUUCUCAAUACAAUUUGUUAAGAACUGAAUUAUCAAGUUUGAAGGGUUUCUCUACUAAAUGUUUAGUGGAAACAGGGGUUAUGACGGACACAGCUAUGAACAAUCAACAGGAUAUUGAACGUGUAAAGAGUGAAGAUGCGAUACGAAAACCAAAUCAAUUAGUGAAUGAUUUAAAGAAAAUGAAAAAUGUCAACUUCAAUCAGGUAAA